AUGCCAGCUCGAAGAUCAGGGGCGUCGAAAAGGGCAACUGCCGCCUCCAAAAAAACUCACAAACGCCAAUUGUCACAAGUCGCUCCCUCGGUGUCUCCUGGGAGCAGAGCUUCAAAAAGAUUGAAGGAGUCUGCUGAGAAAGAACGCAGUCACGGCAAGGCAACUCCCACGAAGAGCAAGUACUUCCAGAACCCGGACAGUGAAGAUGAGGAUGCCGACCUUGUGGAGGACGGGGACGAGGACGAGGAGUCGGGCUACGAAGACCAAGACACAUCAGAAACGGAGCAGCCCUUGACCGAGGAGUCUGGUACAGAAGACGACUACGACUCUGACGAGGACAACAAAAGAAAGAGAAGGCAGAAGAAGGCAAGUAAGAAAAGCAGUGGAAUUACGACCGGUAUCCAGUCGGCGGCCAAUGCUGUGUUAGACAAAGGCAAAGAACUCUGGAGACCUGGAGUGAAGACGGGCUUGGGACCCGGCAAGCAGGUCUUUAUCGAAAAACCGAAACCCAGGGAUGAUGGAGGCAUCAAGUAUGUUGACGGGAAGAUUCACCCAAAUACAAUGGCCUUUCUGAAAGACUUGAAGGAGAAUAACGACAGAGAAUGGCUGAAGAUUCACGAAGUCGAUUAUAGGGCCUCGUGGAAAGACUGGGAAAGUUUUGUAGAAACCUUGACCGAGGGGAUUAUUGAGAUCGACGAAACAAUCCCUGAGUUACCACCGAAGGACCUGGUCUUCAGAAUCUAUCGAGACAUCCGAUUCUCUUCUGAUCCGACUCCGUACAAACCUCACUUCUCUGCAGCAUGGUCUCGAACCGGUCGCAAAGGACCUUAUGCAUGUUAUUAUGUGCAAAUUCAGCCUGGAGGCAGAAGUUUCGUUGGCUCUGGGUUGUGGAUGCCUGAAUCCCAACCAUUGGCUCUCCUGAGAGCGAAUAUCGACCGCAAACCGAAGAAACUGAGAAGAGUCCUCACAGAGGCCCAGUUGCGAAAAGAGGUUUUGGGUGUCACGGCAAGCGACGAAAAGAAGGCGAUCAAGGCCUUUGCCGACCAGAACAAGGAAAAUGCGUUGAAAACGAAGCCGAAGUUAGCCACGUUAAACACUACUCUGGUAAAACCCGUGAAGGCGAAAGGCCAGACGUGCUUGAACGACAAAUUAGAUAAGAGGUACCGGGCUGUGCAAAUGUUCCACCCAUCAAAAAGAAUAGUCUGCUUUGACGUGUCUGCGGCAGACCUGAAGGCCCCUGAUGCCGCGACUCGGGUCUCGAUCACAGUCAACGCAAGGAGCUGGGACUAA